UGUAUUUCUGUUUUAAGUUUGUUCGGGCCAGACGUCCAUCUUAUCGUGCCCUUUGUUUCCUGUUUUCAGACGCGCUCGCGCCUCCCGUGUUAACGAACCCGAGUGGACGUGUGAAUACUUUGUAGCUUAAACAACGCGCUAGUUUUUUAACCGUGGAAACUGAAUCGUGGGAUUGGGAAAACGAUAAACGUUCAAAUGUUCCUGAAACGGUGCAACGCGUGACCCCGAAGUAUCGAUAGCGCGGUCGAGCGCUAUCAUUGUCUCAUCAACACAGGAAGACGUAACGCCAACUUUACGUUAAACGCCCGCUUUUCUAAAGUUGAAUCCGUACCUCGCUGCCCUGCUCCACCAUCUGGUGGAGCUACACCUGCUAGACUCGCGCGGUUUGCUUCCUCGCAAACUUUUCGUUCACUUAAGUUGUGCUCCAACCUGCAGCUACUAGUUAGUCUGACUCAUGCUCUCCUUUGCCCGGUCAGUAAGGCUGUUAAUUGGCCGUUGCCAUGGAGGGAGAGGUUGUUUCCAUGGAGACCACACAAGUUGCUGAUGGAAAGGUCCAGCAGGACGGUGGAGAGGGUUUGAUACAAGGGGCCGUCAUAGCUACACAUGGGGAGGUGGUCGACGACAUGGGGAUGGUGGUGAUGGACGCUCUUGAUCCGACUCUGCUGCAAAUGAAGACGGAGGUGCUGGAGGGCGGCGGCACAGUGACUGUUACUGGCGGAGAUGAGGGACAGAUCAUCACGCUGCAGGUGGUAAACAUGGAGGAGCAGACCGGAGCAGCGUUGGGUCUUGGUCAGCUUCAGCUGGUCCAGGUACCUGUCACAAGGGCAACUGUUGAGGGGCUUCAAGCCACCUAUGUGGAUGCAUCAACUGCUAACAAGGACGCAGAUCCGGUUAUCUGUCACACUCUUCCCUUGCCUGAGGGCUUCCAGGUGGUAAAAGUGGGUGCCAAUGGUGAAGUUGAGACUGUAGAGCAAGAGGAGAUGGAGGCAGACCACGACGAGCUUCUAGAGGUGAGGGGUGAGGAGGAGGAGGGGGCGGAAGAGGAAGAAGAGCCAGCAGAAGUAGAAGCCACUGUGCCUCUAGAAGAAGACCCAGAAUGGUCUAAAGACCCAGACUACCAGCCCAUCAGCAGUCUACGGAAUAAAGGGAAGAAAGGAAAGAAGAGCCGCCUGCGCUAUGGAGAGGGCAAUCGUGACAUGGAUGUUUCCGUGUACGACUUUGAAGAAGAGCAGCAGGAGGGGAUGCUGUCAGAAGUGAAUGCUGAGAAGGUUGUGGGCAACAUGAAGCCACCAAAGCCCACCAAGAUCAAGAAAAAAGGUGUGAAGAAGACGUUCCAGUGCGAGUUGUGUAGCUACACCUGUCCUCGGCGCUCCAACCUUGACCGACACAUGAAGAGCCACACAGAUGAGCGACCGCAUAAAUGUCACUUGUGUGGACGAGCAUUUCGAACUGUCACACUGCUGAGAAACCACCUCAAUACACACACAGGCACUAGGCCACACAAGUGUACAGAUUGUGACAUGGCGUUUGUGACCAGCGGUGAGUUGGUGCGUCACCGUCGCUACAAACACACGCACGAGAAGCCCUUCAAGUGCUCCAUGUGUGACUAUUGCAGCGUGGAGGUGAGUAAGUUGAAGAGGCACAUUCGCUCUCACACUGGGGAGCGACCCUUCCAGUGCAGUCUGUGCAGCUAUGCUAGCAGAGACACUUACAAGCUGAAGAGGCACAUGAGGACGCACUCGGGUGAAAAGCCGUACGAGUGCUACAUCUGCCAUGCCCGCUUCACACAAAGCGGCACCAUGAAGAUGCAUAUUCUGCAGAAACACACAGAGAACGUGGCCAAGUUCCACUGCCCACACUGUGAUACUGUCAUCGCACGCAAAAGUGACCUGGGUGUUCACCUGCGGAAGCAGCACUCGUUUCUUGAGAAGGGAAAGAAAUGCCGUUACUGCGACGCUGUGUUUCACGAGCGUUACGCUCUCAUCCAACACCAGAAGACCCACAAGAACGAGAAACGCUUCAAGUGUGAGCAGUGUGACUACUGCUGCAGACAGGAGCGCCACAUGGUAAUGCACAAGCGUACCCACACUGGGGAGAAGCCGUUUGCCUGCAGUCAGUGUGAUAAAACCUUUAGGCAGAAGCAGCUCCUGGACAUGCACUUCAAGCGCUACCACGAUCCCAACUUUGUGCCAACGGCCUUCGUUUGCAGCAAGUGCAACAAGACGUUCACCCGCAGGAACACCAUGCUUCGCCAUACCGAAAACUGCUCGGGUGAGAUUGAAGAAGAGAAUGGAACUCCUGCCCCCAAAAAGGCUCGUCGGGGCAGGAAGAGGAAGAUGCAGACCAGGAGGGACGAUGAUGAUACAGAAGAUGAGCUGGAUGAGGUAGAGGAGGAAGAGGAGCUGAGUGAGCUUGAGGUGGAACAGGACCCACCAGUUGUCCCUAUACCGGCCCCCGUGGAGCCACCAGUCAAGAGGAAACGUGGACGGCCCCCAAAGAAUAAGCCAAACACGGCUGCCAUCAUCCGCGUGGAGGACGAGGUCACUGGAGAAGUGGAUGACAUAAUCGUGAAGAAAGAGGUUGGAGUCGAUCGCGAUGACCAGGAGGAGGCCACUGAUGGGGCUGUAGAGGAGGUUGUGGUCGGUGAAGGGAAAUCCACCAUCCAGCUGGAGGAGUUGCCCCAGGAAGCGGUGGCGGCACCAGAGGUGUCUGAGGCCCCACCGAACGGAGACCUCACUCCCGAGAUGAUCCUGAGCAUGAUGGACCGGUGAUGGAUUUGAGAGUUGAGCCUGUAAACACGCAUAGAUCCAUAAUCAUGUUGUCAUUUUUAAUUGUAAUAUAAGAUUGGCUUUGUCAUCAUGUGUUGACGAGUUGGAUUAUUGUGGAUUUCCUUCCUAAAAAUGCUUUUCAGUACAUUUUAAUUUAGGGGGUAAUUGACAGCAGUAUCUUUAGCUGUUAUGUGGUAGGGAACUUUUUUAUAUACAUCAUAAAAUCUAUGAUUGAGUCCUUCUGCGUUCUAGUCCAUGAAAUAUGUUUAACGUGGUAGACUGACUUCCUUAAAUCUAGACUGGGUGCAUGUUGUUUUAUAAAAUAUCUCUUUCUAAGCCUGUUUUUAUGUUUUACUUGUUUAUACACCUGUGUGAGUAAAAGUUGUAACUAGAUAGCAGUCUCACCCAUAAUGUGGACUUUAUACAACUUUUUUUUAUAAGUAUUUUCAGGCAACAUUCAAUAUCCUCGCUGAAUAAUUCUGUGCAGCUGGAAAGGAAACUGCUCUCCGGUAAAAAUUGGAGAUGAAAAGCAUCAUUUUUAAAGUUGUAAUGGGGAAAAGUACAUUUAGGCCAAAGUUGUAAGUCCCUGACACGGAGGCAACUUUCAGGAAGAUGAUACUGCUGUUUAUCACGGCCACCUUUUUUAAGAGAAAAAAUGUUUUAUUUUGGCUUCUUGUGUUUAGUAAUUCCUUUAAAAAAAAAUCCAAAUCUAUUUUUUUUUCUUUUUUUAUAGCUUAUUCAACUGCUUCUUAUGAUCCUUUCUUGCUACUGUAACGCCUUUAGAUUACUUGUGUGUACCAAACAUUGUCCGAGUUCAAGGAAUCAACUUGGUUUUGCUCCCUUUUGUAGCCAUUCCACUUUAGGUUGUUUUUAUUUGGUGUUUUUUUUUUUGUACCAUUGGCAAUGCGACGUAGCAGCUUGAAUGACAUUCGAAUAACUGGCAUAUGAGAACAGAAUUAGGACUUUGCGACCUUUUUUAAGUAGCUGACUUAAGUUUUAGGCUUCUGCCGUUCAAUCAUGGAUAUUUAAAAUUAGUCUGUUUUGAAGAUUUUAACAUUUUAGAAGUACGGUCAAACCCUGAAAGAAAUUAUGUCUGGAUGCAUUGUUUAUCAUAAAAAAAGCAGAGAAACAACACAAAUGUCACUGUAUUUUGCUUGCAAAUCUAUUUUAUUAAAUGGACUACUUGAUAUCAAGGUCUCUUUUCUGUGACCGUAUGUGUAUUCUCCGCACUAGUGUCUGAUCGAUGACAUUUUCAUCCAGAAUUUAUUUUUCAAUUUUGUAUUUCUGUGUAGCUCUGAGAUGUGACUUAAGAUCAUUUUCAUCUCGCCACAGUUUAGGAGUCUGUCUUCUACAUGAGCGGAGGCUGCCUGGCUUCCAUCUAAAGUUAUUCACUUCUUUUUUCCUCCUACAUGAAAAAUGCAUCCAGAGCCUUUGACUGGCACACAGCCGGCAAGUCAAAGUUGAAUGAAUUGAAUGGAGCCCCACUCGUAUAGAUCCCUUCUGGUUCCCAGUCGGCUCGCAUGUAGAAAUACUGAGUGACUGCAUGUGACCGGUCACGUGCAUCCGCCUCAUGUGAGAAAAGCCUGCUGGUGCUAAUAAAAAUAUCUCUUCACUGCU